CCUUCCAUAUAUCCCAAUGCCCAACCAUUUCAUCAGAAUAAGGAAAAAGCCAUAGCGCUCUCAGACCCAGCGCCCGAGGUCCUCAGACCUCUGCACAUGCCCGCCCUAGGGGCUGUGCUCGAGGUCUCCGCCGCCCCCAUGUCUCGGCCACACUCGCCAACGCCACCUCAACCAUCGAAAACGCCGUCGCUGGCUCAACCGCGGAUGAUAUCUCCUCUUUACAAGCAGCACUCGUGGUCCCCGGACGCCUAUCGCGACGAGGCGUGGCUCCGGCGCAAAGGAAACAGCAAGAACCGCCGGAGCAAGAGCGUGACCGACGAGGAUCUCGACGAGCUCAAGGCCUGCAUCGAGUUGGGAUUCGGCUUCGAAGACUCGCCUUCGCCCGAGGUGGAUUAUAAGCGCUUGUCUGAUACUUUGCCCGCUCUGGGCCUCUAUUACGCCGUCAACAAGCAAUAUAACGACACCGUUUCCAAGUCAACCACCACGCCGCCGUCUUCUUCCACGGCUUCGGAGUGCGACAGCACUCCGUCUCCCCUCGGUAGUCCCCUCAACCUCUUCGGCCCCGGUAAAUAUCAUGUGAUAAUCCUCAGACGGUGAAGACAAGGUUGAAACAGUGGGCGCAAGUGGUUGCUUGUUCUGUGCGGCAAUGUUCAAGCUAAUGAAUGAAUGAUAUAUAUCGAUAUUGUAUGAGGUUUAAGUGCGAACCAAACCAGAGUUGUCAAAGUAACCAGACACCAACGUCAACCAACUUGAUAUGAUUCCCUUCCCCUACCGACUCUUUGCUUGUUUUAGUUAUUUUUAAUUAGCGAGAUUAUGAAAGUAAAUGUGAACGAAAACCCUUUUAAAUGGAAACCAACUUGUACUGUUUGACUU